AUGGCGGCCGCGCGGCCGGCGCGGGCCCGGGCCCUGCUGCAGCAGAGCGUCUCCGCCCGCCUGCAGGUGCGGCCGCCCGAGAGCGGCUCCGAGGCGCAGUGGGUGGAGAUCCAGAGAGGGCUUGUUAUCUACAUAUGCUUCUUCAAAGGUGCUGAUGAGGAUCUUGUCCCAAAAAUUGUCGAUACGCUGUUGAAUAUUAAAUUAAGUGAAAAUGAAAACGGCGAGUUUGUCUCUGUUCUUGAUUUACCAGGCGACGUACUCAUCAUACCACAAGCCACCCUAGGUGGUAAACCAAAGGGAAGAAGGAUGCAGUACCAUGCAAACAUUGAAAAAGAAAAAGGGUUGGAACUUUAUUCUCAGUUCGUGACUCUGUGUGAAAAAGAGCUGGCUGCCAAUGCCAAAUGCAUGGAAGCUGGUGUUCUUGUCAAGCAUGGCACAUAUGGAAACAGGCAGGUGUUAAAACUGGAUACAAAUGGACCUUACACUCACCUGAUCGAAUUUUGAAAAAAAUAAAUUGUAUCCCAAAUACA